UUGUCAUUCUGUCAUCAUCUGUUGUGUGAUUCUUUGAUUUCUUUCGAAAACAUAACAUAGAAUUUGAAAAAUAGUGUUAAAAAGUUGUUUAAAGAUCAUUUAAUAACAGAUUGAAAAAUAAAUCCCGUUUUCGUUAUAUUUAACUUACUGAUUCAGCUAUUAAAAUGUUCGGCUUCAAUGUUUUUCACGAAAUUAGAAAUUUCAAUGUUACAUACAGAUGUUUUUCUGUAUCUAUGUUGCCGGGAAACGAAAGGCAAGAUGUAGAAAGGGGUGGAAAAAUUAUAAUGCCCCCUUCAGCACUAGAAUUACUUACUAGAUUGAACAUUGAAUAUCCUAUGAUUUUUAAGUUGACUAACAAAAAAAUGAAAAGAGUUACACAUUGUGGAGUCCUGGAAUUUGUGGCAGACGAAGGAAAAGUUUAUUUACCUCAUUGGAUGAUGGCUAAUUUAUUACUUGAAGAAGGUGCCUCACUGCAAAUAGAGAAUGUGUCACUACCAGUAGCAACUUUUUCUAGAUUCCAACCUCUUUCUGAAGACUUCCUAGACAUAACUAAUCCUAAAGCAGUUUUGGAAAACUGUCUGAGGAAUUUCUCUUGCCUGACUACGGGAGAUGUGAUCGCUAUCAAGUACAACUCGAAAGUAUACGAGCUGUGUGUGUUGGAGACUAAGCCAGGAGAUGCUGUUAUUAUUAUCGAAUGCGAUAUGAAUGUUGAAUUUGCACCACCUGUGGGUUACAAAGAAGAAAGAGUUCCCACCAGAGGAGAGAGUGGUAGUGAUGGCAUGGAUGAAGAUCCAGCUGCAAUGAUGCCAGAGCCAAGCGGCUUCGUCGCCUUCAGUGGGGAGGGUAACAGACUGGAUGGUAAAAAGAAAAAACUCACAAGUGAAAGUGACUCUGACCAACAAGCUGCACAGUCGAGACAAAAUUAUGUAAGGGGUAUACCUGAUUAUGAUUAUGUUAUUGGCACAUUAAGAUUUAUCAGAAAUUCCCGACCUACUAGUGCUAAAGAAGAAAUACCAACAGAGCCUUUUGAAGCAUUUAAAGGAGAAGGAUUCACUCUGCGAACUGCCAAAUCUAAAAACUAAAUGUGUAUAUGACAUUAACUAUAAUGCCACCACUCCACUUGGCCAUUCGUAUUUGCUAUUUGUAAAUUUGACAACAGUCUGCCUUUAUAAAGAAUGGAAAGGACAGGCCGAUGUCAAGUUUACAUAUAGCAAACCGGAAUAGCCAAGCAAAGUGCCGGUAUUAUAUGCACAGUAAACUUUCUACAAUUGCAAUAUUGUGAUAUUUUUUUGUGUGAUGGGACAAAAUAUGUGAAACUAGAAAUGUUAAUUCUGGUUUUUAGAACUAAGCAUUUAAGGAUCUAAGAGAAUAAAUCAACACAUGUUCAUAAAAAUUUAUUGCAUGAUAGUUCUUAUAAAUUAUUCAAAAUAAAAUGAUACCAACUAAUAAAUGCCUUUCCAUUUAUGUUCUUACAUUUUUUCCUAAUUCCUUAGAUAGUAAAAUGAGAUGCUAGACCUAAUAAAAUUGUGUUCUAAUACCUACUAAGCUGUGAACUUAAAAACAAUAAUACAAUUUGUCAGAAAUUCAAAAUUAAUACAAAUAUUUGGAAUGGCUUAUUUUAAUAUCUUAAGUUAUCUAUGAUGAUACCUGUAUUUAUUAAAUUUAGAAGUAAAAUAAGUAAUACAAAAAGUUCAUGAAAGCUUUGUUGUUAAUUAACCCUUCAAUUGCUGUAGUGCAGCGCUGCACGCCUUCGUGAGUAAAGUCCGUUUGGGCAAGUGUAGAUCUGCUCGCUCGUCACCCGCAUUCAAUUUUUUGCAAUUUUGGGAAUAAAUACAAUGCAAUACAGUUCAAAGUCUUUUGAAUUUUAUACCCAGAUGAAUAAACCAUUCACUCAUUGUGGUGAAGUCGUUCUUAUGACCAAACAACCGUUAGUACGACGAUUUUAAAAUCGAGUAUCGGGGAGCUCGCAACUAAAAAGUAAUUUUUAAAACAGUUUAUUAACAACAUUAUAUUACAACAGUAUAUUAUUUUUUUGCAAAAAUCUAUUGUUUAGUUAUUCAACUUUGAAAAGGUUAUCAAUGAAAAGCACAAGUAUUCGUAUAAUUUAUUCAAAUCGCGUUUAUGCCACCUAAGGUGCGAAAUUGAUUUUGUCUAUGUUUCCUGUUAAAAAUAAAAAGGUUGAAACAAUUUAUAUAGGAAAUUACUAAAAAAGAAGGUACAUUGACUAUCUAUAAUUGAAAUAAAAUAUUUUGCUGCAUGUCGACCGAACGAUUUAUUAAAGUUAUUGAAUAAAUUUCAAACCGCGUCGAGCGCGCGCUGCGGCCGCGCAAUCGUUCCGCAAGCGGGGGGUGUUUUAGGCGGAGGCUUUCCCGCAAUUGAAGGGUUAAUAAUCUUUUAUCAAUGAUUAUUUUAUUUUCUGUUAGGAUGAAUCAUUUUUGGUGAACAAGAAUAGAACUAAUAUAAUUCUAAAAUAAUGAAAUUCUUAAUAUUUCAUUUGAAUUUUAAUAGGUGAGGAAAUUUACAUGUUUAAAAUUAAUACAAUCUAUUUAUUAACUAUUUUUUGAGUAAACUAUAGGCAACUAAUCAAAAUUUAUAAUUUUACCCAUAAAUUGACAAGUUAAAUGGUGACUAAUUAUAUAUUUUACAUACUAUUGAUUCUAAAAGUAAAUCAAAAUAAUUAGAGUUGUGCAUUAAUCAGUACAUAAGUCAUAACCAAAAUGGAUAGAGAGACAAGACUGCUAGAGUUAGUUUCAUAUGUGUUGAUUCUGCCACUCAUGUCAAAAGUAAUUAUGUAUAUUGGUAAGGCUAAACUUUUUACAUUUAUUAUACACUUAAAGCACAGAAAUUAUAACUUAUCCCACAAGUCUUAGAAUCUCUUCAAGAAUUCUUCUGAGCAAAUUCUUGCGCGAGCAUUAACAGCCAGUUUCAUUUCACUUAUCUCUUUGUCAAUCUCCUCCAUGAAAUAUAUAACAAAAUCGACGAGCUUAUGUUUAUACAUUUGUUCUGUAUGGAAGUUCGUAAUCAGAAAACUGAUAUGGUAACCUUCCACCGGUUUCCGCCUCAAAACGAUAAAGUUUUCCGCUCUCAUCAUCAUAAAACGCAUGAACUUUUUGCAAAGUAUCUUUUCGAUUUCAUCUGCUUGUUUAAUCAUAAUACUUACUCGUAUCGAGUUAAUAGAGGACUCGAUCAGUACCUUUUCGUUGGCAUUUCGCGAGAUUAUCACCGGAUUUAAUAAAAGUUCUUUGCUGGUUCUAACCUCGACUUCUGGCUUAUUGUAUCUCUCUACAACUUGUGACGAGAAAUGUUCUAAACACAUAGCAGCUGUAAGAGUAUGGCGUACAGCUGUUAAAUAGGGUUUCAAAGUUGCUGACAUUAUUGUAUUUUAUAAUGGAUGAGCUAUUUCUGUACCACGCCUUUUAUUUAUCUCUUUUUGUAGGUAUCCGACAUGACAAGUUGCUUGAUGAUUUCAUUUGUUCGAGUUUGACAGUUUUGUUGAAGUUCUC